UCUCGCAAUUGCGAGUUUAUAUCUCACAACUCUGACUUUCUCUCACAAUAGGAAACUCCGUGUAAGGCUUUGCAGUGCUUUGUUCAAUUUGCACUAUCAAAAUGAACUAGAUAAAUGCUGCGUCCGAAUAUGAUUGUUGAACAAACAUACAAAUGACUAAUUAUUCUCCAUUUCCGUGUUCUGCGCUCGCGGUUGGACAGUACCAUUACCGCCGGGCAGGGUGCGGGAGGGGGGACGGCACGCACAGCUUUCAGACACAAUAUUCUUCAUUUCUUUAUAUUUCUGAGUUUGAGGCAGCUUCUAUCGCGUUAUUUUAACAACAGCUGUCAAGUAAAGAGCGUAUUAUUGUAACAUGAGUGUGAAUGAAUGCACGGAGGUGGAUUUCCUUCACUCUCGCAUAAAACGCGCUUUCAUCUCUGUUCUUGCUCUAGAAUUAUCUUAUCUCCUGUAUUUAAUGUUGUAAGAUAUCGACCAAGCAAGGCAUCUCCGAUGAAAAUUUGGCGGAAACGGGCUUCCAUAGAUAAACGCUUGCGAAAAGAUGAGUUGAGAGCGCUGAUUAAAGGAAAGUUGAUUGUGGCGUGCUGACGGACGUAUCUGAAACGGUUGGGGUAGGGAAGUUUGAUUUUUCAAUGAGUAAUUUAUCGUUUGAACAACGAAGAGAAAUGUUGGAGUUGGGGCAGGCUCAUGAAAAAGAAAUGUAUAGGCAGGGGACGGAACGUGAGAGAGAACUCGGAGAGAAGGAAACUGAAUUGGCAAAACUUAGGGCUGACGAGUUGGUAAAACAACGUGAAAUUGAGUAUGAAAAACUUAGAAAUGAACAAAAAUUGGAGUUAGAUCGUCAAGCUAGGGAUUAUCAGUUACAGAUAGAGCGAUUGAAGUUUAUGGCUGAGGGAAGACUGUCAGUAGACGGGGGUAGAGAGCGUGAUCGUCCCGGGGAUUUGGUGAGUAAUUUGAGGUUACUACCAAAGUUUAACGAGAGGGAUCCUGAAGUUUUUUUCAGAGGUUGGCCUAGCUCUGACCGGACGAUUAUGCUGCAGUCGGUGUUAGUUGGUAGAGCUCAAGAAGCCUAUACUGCUCUUUCAGGGGAAGAUCGUAAGGUUUAUACAAAGUUGUUCCCGUGUCCCGAUCUUCGUUCUCCACCAUUCCUGUUCUCCACCGUCUCCUCUCUACGUUGUUCCCGUUGGAUCCCCUGGAUAAAGAAAAAGGAUAGAUUACACUCAGAUAAGACUCUCUUGAGCAUUCCCAUAUCCCCGCGCACUCACCUGGACUCUCCAUCUCGCUUCGUUCCCCUGCCUAUGUUCAAUAAACCUGCUGUUGAUUUCACUUACCUCUGUGUCCCUUGUAUAUCUGCUGAGACAUACACACUGUGGUCACUGUGUUAUAAACUGGUCUUCCAGCUAGUGCCAAAACCCCUCUAAAUCCAACCAAAACCAGUCUAAAUGUAACAUCGUCUAUGUAACAUAAUUUAAAAAAAAUAAAAAAAUAAAUAAAGUUAAAUUAUUAUUAUUGUUAAAAUAUUAUUAUUAUUAACAAUAAUAAUUUAAGUUUAAAGUAGAGUGAAAUGUUUUACAGGCCUUUUUCUGUCCAAUCUGGCCUGUAAGUACCCUUCUAAAUAAUAAUUUCUU